AGGUCCUGAAAUCACCCGUUCUGAUCAGGAUAUAAGGAACAUCUCAUCUUUGAAGUUACCAAAACACCUGAGUAGUUUCUUGAAAUUUGGAUCCACGACUCCUUUGGUCUUCUGAAAUAAAGCUGCCUCUGAACUUUCAUUGGAAAAUAACACCAAAAAAUUCACACAUUUGCAACAAAGAGUUAAACAUAACACAUUAUAAUGCAGGAGCAGUGCGAAGCAGGUCAGCAUCACGUGAAGAGACCGGGAGGGGUUGGAAGUGGAUCAGCACCCCUGAAGUGAAAGAGAAAAAAAAAUCAAACUCUGACAUCAGUGGAAAGCUGUGAGUUGAUUGGCUCGUGAGUAUUGCUGCUGCUUUUCCAUUCUCCAAAGUGGGGCUUCAUGAACAGCAGGAAACAGCAAGAACAGAGUGGGGCUAUCCCCCAUCACCAGGAGAGCAGAGCGGGGCUAUCCCCCAUCACCGGGAGAGCAGAGUGGGGCUAUCCACUGUCACCGGGAGAGCAGAGCGGGGCUAUCCGCUGCCACCAAGGAACAGAGUGGGGCUCUCCCCCAUCACCAGGAGAGCAGAGCGUGGCUAUCCCCCAACACCGGGAGAGCAGAGCGGGGCUAUCCCCCAUCACCAGGAGGACAGAGCGGGGCUAUCCCCCAUCACCGAGAGAGCAGAACGGGGCUAUCCCCCAUCACCAGGAGAGCAGAGUGGGGCUAUCCCCCAUCACCAGGAGAGCAGAGCGGGGCUAUCCCCCAUCACCAGGAGAGCAGAGCGGGGCUAUCCCCCAUCACCACGGGAGCAGAGUGGAGCUAUCCCCCAUCACCAGGAGAGCAGAGUGGGGCUAUCCCCUAACACCGGGAGAGCAGAGCGGGGCUAUCCCCAUCAUCAGGAGAGCAGAGUGGGGCUAUCCCCCAACACCGGGAGACCAGAGCGGGGCUAUCCCCCAUCACCGGGAGAGCAGAGUGGGUCUAUCCCCCAUCACUGGGAGAGCAGAGUGGGGCUAUCCCCCAUCACCAGGAGAGCAGAGCGGGGCUAUCCCGCAUUACCGGGAGAGCAGAGUGGAGCUAUCACCCAUCACCAGGAGGACAGAGCGGAGCUCUCCCCCAUCACCGGGCAACCAGAGCGGGGCUAUCCCCCAUCACUGCGAGAGCAGAAUGGAGCUAUCCCCCAUCACCAGGAAGACAGAGCGGAGCUCUCCCCCAUCACCGGGAGAGCAGAGUGGGGCUAUCCCCCAUCACCAGGAGAGCAGAGUGAGGCUAUCCCCAGUCAACAGGAGAGCAGAGCGGGGCUAUUCCCCCAUCACCGGGAGAGCAGAGCGGGGCUAUCCCCCAUCACCGCGAGAGCAGUGGAGCUAUCCCCCAUCACCAGGAGGACAGAGUGGGGCUAUCCCCCAUCACCAGGAGAGCAGAGCGGGGCUAUCCCCCAUCACUGGGAGAGCAGAGAGGGGCUAUCCCCCAUCACCAGGAGGACAGAGUGGGGCUAUCCCCCAUCACCGGGAGAGCAGAGCGGGGCUCUCCCCCAUCACCGGGAGAGCAGAGUGGGGCUAUCCCCCAUCACUGGGAGAGCAGAGCGGGGCUAUCCCCCAUCACCAGGAGGACAGAGCGGGGCUAUCCCCCAACACCGGGAGAGCAGAGUGGGGCUAUCCCCCAUCACCGGGAGGGCAGAGCAGGGCUAUUCCCCCAUUACCAGGAGAGCAGAGCGGGGCUAUUCCCCCAUCACCGGGAGAGCAGUGCAGGGCUAUCCCCCAUCACCGGGAGAGCAGAGAGGGGCUAUCCGCUGUCACCAGGAGAACAGAGCGGGGCUAUCCCCAAUCACUGGGAGACCAGAGCGGGGCUAUCUACUGUCACCAGCUGGUAGUCUGUGGGUUCAGAGUCCAUGUUUCGAAAGAAAGGUCAAAGUGUGACUUCAUAGCAAAGCAGAAAUAGACCACCAUGUAAAGAUCCUGGAAAUGUUUGUAUUUCUACUCGUCUCCAGAAAGUAUUAUCGGAAACAAAUGCCAGAAUCUAUUCCACUGCAUUUUGAAAAUCCACUUCACACUAUGC